AGUUGUGUGAGUUUUCGGUUCGGAUCGGAUGGGAUCUUUAGUUCUUGGACGGAAUUCAACGUUUUCCGACGUUCGUUCUUUGCACCGAGCCCAAAACAAGCGCUCUCAAUUAUAAAAGAAAAAAAAAGCGAAAACGCAACAAUUUGUUAAAUAAAUGAAUUCAUCGUUUUGAGGUAAAAAGUGAAGUUGCAUAUGAUGAAAUCGGUUUAAUAACAGGUGGCUUUUAAUUAUUUUCUGUGCGUGUUUGCUAGGUUUUUAUUAUCUACGUUUUUUUUUUUUCGUGAAUCGACCUUUGCGAACUUAUCGUCGUAACCAGCAAAAACAAAAAUUAUAAAAAAAAACAGCAAUGACAACAACAACGGUGGCUAAUAAUAAUUAAACAGAGUGCGUUGUUGUGUGCUCACUGAACUGUCGGUGUGUGCGUGAGCCGAGUAUCUGUGAGCGAGUGUGUGUGGCGAACUGGGCCAGUGUGUGUGUGUGUGUGCUGUGUUUCUGCGGAGACGUCCCAUCGUCCAAUCCUCCAAUUGUCAACAGUUGAGACCCGCCACUUCGACAGACAGUCCUACUCCACUGCAGACCCCUUAAACUCCGCACACCCCCUCACUACCUCACUCCCCCACUCCGUCACUCCCUCACUCCAUAGAGCAUAUAGUAUUCCCCGAUCAUCCGAUCGAUGCGAAUUGCAUGGGCCCAACAACCGGACAACCCGAGCACAGUGAAAACGGCGAAAAAGAGGAAAAAGUGCUAACUGGGCAGUCGACGGCAACUUGAUCGGGUAGGAACAGAGAUUCCCAUGAACGGCGGCCACUGAACACCACCGCCACUAUCCCCCAUUCCACAGACCAGCCGGGACAUCCAAUCCGGGAUGGCGCAGCUCGCGAUGACGAAGCGCAAGACGCUGAUCAUCGCCUGUUGCGGGAUCGUGUUGGGCCUCUGCAUCGGCACCGUGAUGAGGAACUACCGGGCCCUGGAGAUCGUGAAGCGAUGCAGCCUGCGGCCCACGAAUCUCAGGUCGCCGGCGGAGAUCAUCGGGCUGCGGGAGGAGGACACCAUUCAGAAUUCGCAGCGGAACCUCGUCUUCGUGGGCGUGAUGACGGCCAAGAGCUUCCUGGAGGGCAGGGCGCGGGCGGUGUACGAUACGUGGGGCAAGGAGGUGCCCGGCCGGAUGGCCUUCUUCAGCUCGGAGGGCAGCUACUCCGAGGAUCUGCCCGUGGUGGGCCUGAAGAACGUCGACGACCGCUAUCCGCCGCAGAAGAAGUCCUUCAUGAUGCUGUACUACAUGUACGAGCACUACAUCGACAAGUUCGAGUGGUUCAUCCGGGCGGACGACGAUGUGUACAUGGAGCCGGCCAAGCUGGAGCGCUUCCUCCGCUCCAUCGACAGCUCCCGGCCGCAGUUCAUCGGGCAGGCGGGCAAGGGCAACAGUGAGGAGUUCGGCCUGCUGUCCCUGGAGUUCGACGAGAACUUCUGCAUGGGCGGACCGGGCGUCAUCCUCAGCAGCGAGACCCUGCGCCGCGUGGCGCCCCACAUCCCCACCUGCCUGAAGAACCUGUACAGCAACCACGAGGACGUCGAGGUGGGCAGGUGUGUGCAGAAGUUCGCCGGCAUUCCAUGCACCUGGAACUACGAGAUGCAGUACAUUCUGCGUCACAACUCCAGCGGUCGAAAUGCAUACACUGGAAAACUGAAACGGAAAGAGAUCCACAACGCCAUCACCCUGCAUCCCAUUAAGCAGGCGCCACUCAUGUACCGAUUGCACUCCUAUGUCCAGGGGCUGAAGGCCGAGGAGAUGCGGCAGGAGUCCCUGCUCCUCCACCGGGACAUCAAGCGGAUGGCCAAGUAUCUGGAGGUUCCGGACGAGAGCACCUACAUGCUGCCCAGUGCCUCGCCAGAAAGCGAUUCGGGCAAGAGGCACUUCCAGGACCACAACAUAUUGGGAAUUAGUCCGGAAUUGAAUAAAUUCGUACCCGGCAGCACCGAUGACCUGCUGGACUGGUCCUUCAUCUCCCGCAGCCUGUACUCGGCCAGUUCGGCCAAUCCCAAGCAGAAGAUCGACUCGGCGAUGCGGGAGGGCCUCGAGGACGUCAUCACCGAGGUGAUGGAGAACAUCAACAACUACUCCCGGCAGCGGGGUCGCGUGAUCGAGUUCCGGGAACUGCUCUACGGAUACCAUCGGCUGGACGCGCUGCAUGGCCAGGAUCUGAUCCUGGACCUGCUGCUCAUCUACAAGAAGUACCGCGGCAAGAAGAUGACGGUCCCGGUGCGAAGGCAUCUCUACGUGCAGCGGGCCUUCACUGGAAUCUUUGUCAAGGAGUUCGACGAGGACUUCUACAACGUCACAUUGCAGCAGAGUCUCUUGGGCAGCCUCUUCCAGAACGGGAUGGCCCGGCUGACCAGCCACUUCACGAUGGCCAGCGGACUGCUCCCGCCGACGCAGGACAAGAUUGUGUUCGUCCUGCCGAUCGCGGGCCGCCUGGGAACCUUCGAGCGCUUCCUGCGCACCUACGAGCGCGUCUGCGUGCGCGGCGAGCAGCACUGCGACCUGCUGGUGGUGAUCUUCGGCUUGCCGGAGGACCUGGGCGACCACCUGCAGCUGCUCCACGAUCUGCGUGGCAGGCAUGUCUACCAGCAGGUGAACUGGAUCCAAAGGAGCACCGCCUUCUCGCGCGGCGUGGCCUUGGAUGUGGCGGCCAGAUCCUCGUACAUCCGGCAGGAGGACAUCAUCCUGUUCAUCGACGUGGACAUGGUGUUCGAGGUGGAGACACUGCAGCGGGUGAGGAUGCACACGCAGCGGGGCAAGCAGGUGUAUCUGCCCAUUGUCUUCAGCCAGUACGAUCCGCAGCGGAGGAGUGGUGGAGCUGGCGAGGAGGAGGCCCCAAGGAUCGACGACGAGAGCGGCUACUUCCGGCAGUUUGGCUUCGGCAUCUGCGCCAUCUACAAGUCGGACAUUCUGGACGAGGAUAUCAACGGGUUCGACAAGGACAUCACCGGCUGGGGCCUGGAGGAUGUCAAGUUCCUGGAGAAGAUCGUGCGGGUGGGCACCAGGCAGCGCGGCUUCCUGGCCAACACCGCCGAGGUGGCCAUGGACUACAAUGAGGCCGCCGAGCAGUGGCGCCGGCUGAGUGUCUUCCGCGCACCGGAUCCCACGCUCGUCCACAUCUACCACGACAUUAGCUGCGACGUCCAGCUGGAUGCCCCGCAGUACAACAUGUGCCUGGGCACCAAGGCCAACUCCCUGGGCAGCACGAGACUGAUGGAGCAGCUCUUCCACAGCAGUCCGGGGAACGUCCAGUUUGCCGCCGACUUUAAUCGCCAAAAGCAACAGCAACAGCAGCAGCAGCAGCAGCAGGCCAGGUGAUGAUCGAUCCCAUCCAAAUCCAGUGAUCCCCAUCCGCGAUUCUGCCACAUAGUAUUAUGCUAAAUGUUUCCUAAAUGAGCGCGUGCGUGGAGUGUGUGUGAGCCAGCCGAUAUGCCAAAUCAAUUCGUUAGUCCCUAAUGCUAAGCUAGACAUCUAGUGAUCCCUGCAUCCAUAGAUGGCAGUGAUGGGAUUGGGAUAGGUACAAAUUGUUAACUAGUAGGAUGAAGCUACCGAUACAAAAUUAUUACCUGCUUAAAUGUGCAUUAUGAAAACAAAUGAUAACUUUAUUUUUUAAUCUUGAAUAAGUCAUCGGUAAAUAGUAACCAACAUAAAACAACUAAAAAUGUCGAUACUAUUUUAAAUAUUUGCGGUAAUAAUAAUAAUUUUAAUAAUAAUUAUAUAAAUUACUAUUCCAUAUUGCCAAUUCAAAAUUGAGUGGAGUAAAUCGAGAAGUAAAAAAGUUGUUCCUAUUUAGACUUGCCUGGGAAUUAAAAACAAAUAAUGAAGUGUACAAAUAAUUAGUAUUUACAAUGUCAAUAGACUUUUGAACAUAAAUUAUAAUUUUUUUAAAUAAUUUAGAUAGUUUUAAGUCAGAUAAUGGUAGUAAUGGUGGUGCGCCUAAGUACCUUCUAUUCCACCAUAACUUUUCCCAUCACUGUAGGUAGAUUGGUUAUUUAUUAAGAUAUAGCUAUCCAUCCGAGCUGAUCCAUGUCCCUAAUUCUGUAGCAUUUUAAAAAUGCAUAUCUAAAUGUUUAUCUAUAAUUUAAUAAUAAGACCUUAUUUUCUUUGAUUUGACUAGGAAAAUUGUAUUCCAAUAACCAAAAUCGUGUUGAUAAAAUAUGCAUUCACAAGUUAUCUAAAUACUUGAUUUUCCACUCAAAUAAACACUUAAUUGUAUAGAAGAUGUCUUUAUUUUAAAAUAAAACCAAACGUCUUUCA